CAAAGGAUGAGGCCGGGCCUUGCAAAUUCCAUUACCGGGGAUUCUUCCGACGUCGUUUUAGUGAGUCCAUGAGAAAUUAACGUGUGUCGUCGUUUUUCUCUUAUGAAGGCAAAUGGCAAUUCGGCAGACAACAACGGUGCUCCGUUUCAGAGCAGAGGAAAUCAGCGAUUAUUAAUUUAUAAUAUCGUUUAUGUACAAAAAAAGAAAAGGAAAUCAGCGAUUGAACAGAGCAGGGGAAGAGCAGCAGAUAAUUUGGGAUUGGGAGGGAGAAUCAGAGAGGAGGAGGUGCCUUAUGUUAUGUUAUUAGGGUUCAUAUUAAAAUUUUCAUAAUAUAUUCAUUCAAGGCAACUUUCUCUCUCGCUUGCGUCUCUUUCCUUUUUGUUGCAGAGAUGGACAAUGCCAAAGAAAAUGAGGAUGAAUCAGAACUAUCACUGCCCCAUCCUCCAGGCCCUGACAUGCCAAUUGAAGCACAGUUAGUCCCAGCUAUUGAACAUCUUGACGAAGGGUCUCCACCCCACCUUGUCCCCAUGGACCAGGAUGAAAAAAAACCCUCUGAAAAUGUUACUCUUCCAUCUGCAGCUGCCCAUGUUGAUGAUGUGGAGUUGAAGUCCAGCCUCCAAAAAUCUCACCGUGAGACCCCCUCCAUUGAUAACCGCUCAGAGUUGCAGUCUAGUCCGCAACAAAAAUCUCAGACUGCGGUUGUCCCCACUAAUAACUUUGAGACUAAUCCUCAGCAACCUCAGACUGAGUUAGUUACAAGUGAUAACAAUGUUGCCCAAACUGAGGCAAUGGCAAAUGAUGGCAUGGGAGAGUUGAGGAACCAUACUCAAAAACCUCAGACUGAAGCAGUCCCCAAUGAAGACGAUAUGGGGUUGAAGACCAUUUCUGAAAAACCAUUGGCGGCCCCUAACAGUCAAGAUGUGAACUUGAAGUCCAUUCCAAAACAACAGGGGACUGAAGCAUCGACCAAUGAUGUGAGUGUAGAGUUGGAAUCAAGUCUGCAUGAAUCCCCACAAGGUUCUUCUUCCCCAGCUCCUGUAGAUGACAAAAAAAGUUUACUCAAGCCUGAAACUGAACCUACUAUAGAGAAAAGAACUACAGCCAAUGAAUUUUCUGAUUGUAAAUCUAAAACAUGCGGUAUUGAUGGCACUGCCAAUUCAAUCUGUCAUCUUGAAACUGCUAAACCUGCUGCAGAUGCCAAAACUGAACCUUCUGAAGUACCAGAAAAUAAAUCUGGCCAUCAUGAUGGCACCCAUCCUAAAGAGGAUGAACCUACUACACCUCAUGCAGUAUCUUCAAUUAUCAAAACUGAACUUGAGAAUAAGAGAGAAUUGAAGAAUGCAAAGAAUAAAGCAGAGGAGGCUACGCUCAAAAGUAAUGGCACCUCAAGCUCAAAGAACACAUUUCUUUUGGAUGAUGAUCAUGAUGGUGAUGAGACUGGAACUGAGGAGGAGCAAUGUGCAUUUAUGAUGGAGCUUGAAAAUUUCUUUAGGGAGAGGAGCAUGGAGUUCAAGCCUCCUAAGUUCUAUGGAGAGGGAUUAAAUUGCCUGAAGUUGUGGCGAGCUGUUAUGAGAUUGGGUGGCUACGAUAAGGUGACUUCAUGCAAACUUUGGCGGCAAGUGGGAGAAUCCUUCAAACCUCCAAAAACAUGCACUACUGUUUCAUGGACGUUUCGAGGGUUUUAUGAGAAGGCGCUUCUUGAUUAUGAAAGACAUAAAACAUGUGGCGGUGAGCUUAAUGUACCCCUUGCUUCCAACUCAGAGCCUAUGAAUGUCGAGAAUCAGACACCGGGAUCGGGUAGAGCAAGGAGAGAUGCUGCAGCACGUGCUAUGCAGGGUUGGCACUCGCAGCGUCUUCUUGGUAAUGGAGAAGUUAGUGACCCUAUCAUUAAGGAUAAGAAUUCUAUAUCUUUGCAAAAGCGUGAAAAACAGCUUAAAAGCCUUGGUUUGCUUAAACGUAAGAAACCAUCCUUCAUGGAACAUGCUGUAAAAGUUGCACGCACCAAAACAUCCAAACCACAAUUGGAUGUAGAGGUGGUUGACCUUGGACCUCCAGCUGAGUGGGUAAAGAUCAAUGUACAGAAAACAAAAGAUUGCUUUGAGGUAUAUGCUCUAGUACCGGGACUUCUUCGCGAGGAGGUACGUGUUCAAUCAGAUCCAGCAGGACGAUUAGUUAUUAGUGGUGAACCUGAGUAUCCCGAUAAUCCUUGGGGUGUCACACCCUUCAGAAAGGUUGUGAGCUUACCCUCAAGGAUCGACCCGCAUCAGACUUCAGCUGUAGUCACCCUUCAUGGACAACUGUUUGUUCGAGUCCCAUUUGAACAGCCGGACUAGGGAGUUUCACAAAUGUCUCAUCUUUGUCUAUCCCCUUGAUAUUGUACAAGUGAUUGGGAGGUUUGGGCAUAAAGCUGGCAGAACUAGUCUGCUGAGCUGGUAUGCGGCAUUUUCAGUUUUGAACUCUGAUGCAUGUGACUUGUAAUAGACUGUUGUAGUUUAAAAUUUUUUAGCUAGACUCGAAGUAAUAAUUGAAACCCUCAAAUUGGCAUUACAGGUUCACAUUUUUCACUUUUUAGCAUUUUAAACAUUAUUAUUG